GGGAUUGGUGAAUUUGGCGGUAGAGGUCGCUUGGAAGGCUUUAUAGAUGAGUUCUACAUAUACAACAAGACACUCGCUGAAGCGGAACUCAAAGCACUUAUACAAAAAUGUCAAGGGCCGAAGAGCACGAUGGUCUUGCAUUUGAGCUUUGACAAGAAAAGUGGUACCCAGUUUCUUGAUGAUUCAGGGCUGAUGAACCACGCCAGAAUGCCAGGACCACCUGCGGUGCCAGGCCAGCCGAUACCUCCUCCACCGCCUCGUAAGUAUUGCACGAACCACAUUGGUUACUUGUAAUUAUCUCGAAUUUGGUAGGUAAGCAGUUUCCUCCCUCUCACUGCAUUUCACAGAGCAGGAGCAAUAGCAAUAGCAAUAGCCAUGCGGAACGAAAACCCCUCGAAACGCGCUUUUUGUGCACUAGCGCACAUAAUGUGACUACUAAGAAGCCUAUAAAACCCUAUUCCUAGAGAUGAAUUAACAAACGCUUGAUUUCGUUUCAAUUUUCUAUAGCUGCUAAGGGAAGUUGCGGAGAUGGCGUACAGCUAAGCGGCGGUCAAGCAGACGUGAAACUUGACGGCAGAACCUUCCGAAACAAGCCAAUUGAUGGCGUAACAAUAGCAUUGUGGAUAAACGUAACCUCUGUAAAUGGUGUCCAUUACUUGUUUGACACGAUCGGAGGACACUCCGCGCAUAAACAUGACCAGUAUCUGCUGACCAUUAAUAACGGAGCCGUAAGUUGGAGUCAUGAUGAUGAAAAUGACAAAGAGUUGUUUAAAGUGAUUACCGAUCCUGUAGUCACUGAGAGUAAG